UGUGAUUGAAAAGUCAAAUGUCAAUGUCAUGAGGAUAUGCCAAAAAGGCAAGUUAAAUUAGAAAAAAUGAACUGAAAAUCACUCUCUUAUGAAAUGUAUAUUCAUUUAAGCAAUAUUAUAAUGAAGCAGUGUAUGACAAUAUUUUUAUUAAUACAUAUCUUGAAGUAUGCAAAUUCUCUAGAAAGAGAACUCACUAUUUUUGUUGAGGCCGGAUCUGAAACCUGUUUUUAUCAAUCAGCAAGAAAGGGAGAUACUAUAGAUGUUGAAUACCAAGUCAUAGACGGAGGACACGGAGAUUUGGAUAUAACCUUUCGCUUAGUCGAUCCAACUGGUAGAAUUAUUUUAGCUGACUUCAAAAAGUCUGAAAAUAAUCACAGAGUUGAUGCUUCCAUGCAAGGAGAUUAUCGAUUUUGCUUUGACAAUUCCUUCAGCUCCUACAAUACCAAGACUGUUUUUUUCGAGCUUAUAGUUGAAGGUGAAGAAGGAAAUGAAUGGGACUCUGAAGAAAAGUUUGACUUUAAUGCCAUUCAAUCAGAACAAAUGUAUGAGCUGAAAAUAGAAGAUGUUCAAGAGAUCAUCAACAGUUUGAGAAAUCAGUUGAGUAAGGCUCGAAGUUUGCAGGACAUGAUAAAAUCAAAUGAGGCCAGAGAUAGGAAUGUUGCCGAAGAGAAUUACUUUAAAGUCAAUACUUACUCCAUGUUUCAACUUGUUUUUAUGUUAAUAGUUGGUUUUGUUCAAGUUAUAAUGGUUAGGAGUUUGUUUGAUGAUAGAUCAAAAGUUCAUAAAAUUUGGAAGAAUUUGAGUAAAGGUUCAAGCUAGUGUUACAUAAAAUUAUGGCUGGUUCAUAGACCAAACUUUUACUUCUCAUAUUAAUUUAAUAAAGAGACUGGUGGUGGGUAGUUCAUACACACCAUUUUCAAAGUUCUAGUGCAUUCGAGAUAAUCAUAAAUGUGAGUGUUUCCAUUUACAAUUGAUACUUUUUGUAUAUUAAACAUAGACCAAAAAAAUAUUAUGUCAAAAUUAUUAUUGGCUACAUUGUCAGGUAAUGCAUGCGCUCAACUUGAAAUUGUUUUACUUUGAGUAAUCCUUGAAAUGAAAAUUCUAUAUUGAAAAUUUUUCAUUACAGCAAACUAAAAAGUGAAAGGCUGAGUAAAACAUGAAAUCUCAUGUUGAUUUUUCACUGUGACAACUUUCUCAAAAAUUAAAUAUUUAAAGUUUAGUUAUUGAACCAGCCGCUAGUGACUAUUGAAGUAAAAUACUUUGAUGGUCAAAAUGUAGAGGCAAUUUUUUUUAUUUCAUCGUUUUCACACCUAAUCUGUUACAUCUCAAUACCUACUACUGAUGUAAAUAAGUCCUGCUAAGCUAGCAACAUCACUUUGCCCUUUAAAGGAAUUAACAGGAAAUUCAAUAAAAAAAAUAUUCAAAUCAAAGAUUAAAACAUAAUUUCAGACUCAUUUUGAAAAUCUUCUUCUUGAAAAUUCAGUAUAGUGAUUUCAAACAUUUUACUUCAUCAUUGAACAAUUUUGGCUCCCCAUUUUAAUUGAUUACAUGAAUCCUCACUUCCUACAGACUUCAACAUAUAAAACAACUUCUCUUCGAAAUGUUCUCAAGUAUGUGACAAAUAGAAUAUAUCAAGACUUCAUAGGCUAUUUUUAUACUGAUUGAUUUCCACUUGCUCAGCUAUUGAGAUUGUCAGGGCUAAAUCAAAAUUAUUCACUUUUUGGUUUUAGUGAUGAACUAAAUUCAAAUCUUGUUUUUGAAAUAAAUUUUCAUUUUAAAAUAAUGACAUUUUUCACUCAAAUAAAGAAAUUGUUACUACAGAUAUGAGUUCAACUUAUUAACAAUGUUUUUUAACUUAAAUAUAUUUCAUUUCACGUAUAUGAUUUCCAGUGUGGAGAAUUUGCUGUUCAGCAAAGAAUUGCCCAAAUAUGGCAUUUAUAAUCCGAAUAACACGUUCAUAUUCAAAAAUGUAUGAGUUUUACUAGUUACUGAUGCCACCAUACAUAAAAAUUGUAAUUUACCCUUGUAUUGGGAUAGUUUACUUUCGUGAUUUUUCAAAAUAUUUUGCUGACAUCAGAAUAUUUUGAACAAACCUUUCUUUUUUUUAAUGUUAUAAUUGUGACCAAUAAGACUAAGGUCUUCCAAUGGGAAUAUUUUGAUCAGAUUUUGUAACUUUAUAUCUCUGUAUUAGUUAUUUAUUGCUACCAAUGAGAAAAGUUGAAACUACUCCUUUAGGAGUUAGUUUCCUUUAUAAUUUUUUGUGUAUUUUUCUCAAACCUUUUUCCCUCACAUUGUGAAUCCACAGCUUUGAAUUCACAAUUUUUGGAUAUUUCCGUCAUUUCCGUUCCAAAACGAACAAAUUUCUCAUUUCAUUCAUUGUUGGCAAUGGUAGCAAAUCAAGAGAGACAAAAAGUCGAAGUUUGAUCGAAAUAUUUCGAUCUGAAGGCUUUAGCAAAAUACUAUGAAAAACCACAAGAGUAAACCACCCUUUCAAAGGGAUAAAUUCAAUUUUUCUUAUCGAUGGCAAUAACAUAAAGAGAUAAAAAUAUAAAGUUUGAUCGAAAUAUUUUAAUGGAAAGGCUUUGGACAGCAAAUUAUUUACAAAAAUCUCGAGAGUAAACUGCCUCCAUACAUAGAUGGAUGCUUUCUCAUGUAUGGUGGCAUGGAUAUCAGGUAAAAUCCAUGUGAUUUUUCUGAUAUGGGUGUUAUUCGGAUUAUGAAGGUUCUAUUUGGGUGGUCAUCUUUUUCUAGUCGGCAAAAUAUUUUCUCCCGAUGAUUUUUUCCUUAUUGUUAAAGUUAUAAAAAUUGCAAAAGCAAACAUUAAUUAUUUUAUCGAUUAAUAUAUCAGAGUUGUCAGACAAUAAGUCCCUUGAAAAAGUUCAAGUCACUCCAUGUAAAUCAAUUCUAUAUUUAAAAAAAUUGAUUUGGUUUUAUUCUACUAUGCAUAAAGACUAAAUUUGAAUUGUAACAAGAAACCAAAGAUCAUUCAGAGAUAAGUCGCAAUUUAUUUCAAAACUCUGAUUUCUGAAAAAGGGAAUAUAUAUUCAUUUGUCAGUGUAAUCGUAAAGAAUUAAAUAUGGAAAAAUGUAUAAGAAAAUGAAAGACUAAAAUUAGCCUAAAAGUUAUGAAAGACUUAUUCUUUUCAAAAUCAAAAAACAAGUUACUUUAUACCAAAGUACCAAAUGUAUAUUUUUAUACUUAGAUAAUGAAAAUUUAUUAGUA